AGCCCCUGGUCAAUCGCAGCCUUCCUGUGCUCUGAAAAGACUUGUCUUAAUAUGGACUAAUCAUCUCAAAAUCAAUUUUAUUAACAUGGCUUUGAAGACCAGAAACCAUCAAAUUCUCUUUAUCAUGGAGGUAGACAAAGAAUCUCCCUGAUUUUUUUUGCCACAGACUGAAGUACGUCUAGAAAAAUCUGUAACUGGAUUGUAAUGACGUCUUUAGCUAAUAAGAAAAGAAGCUGGGAAGAUCAUGUGACCAAUUGGCCAGGCUUUACAAUUGAUUCUGUUGAUUCUUGUGCAGACUGUUGUCAUGGACUUGUGGCUGAUAAUCUAAAACCAAGUAUGGAAAGUAAUGAAAUCUCAAAAACAGAUGAGGAUAGAUUUUCCAGUAUAUCUUUACCAGAAUGUUAUCAUAAUUCUGAUCUGUUUGGACUUCAAUCAAAGCAACUGUGUGGCCAUAGAGGAGAAGUGGAUGAAAAUGAUAAUCAUGAGAGUGAGGAAUACAUCCUCCCAUUAGAAGCAAGCACAGAGACUCUAGUUCACGUAUCUGAUGAGAACUCAGACCUCAGUUGUGAGGAUGAUAAUGGUGCAGGAGAAGGAAAGACCUCAGGGUCCAAACAAAUUCCAGCUGAGAUUUCACCAUUUGAAGAGAUUGAACAAGUGACCAAGAAGACAUCUGAGAAUUUUGGAAUAGAUAUUGAUCCCAAUUAUGAUUCAGUUCCUGAGGAAGAUACAAAGUGUGAUGUGAAAGCAAACGAUUCUGAACACCUGGAAUCUUUAGAACUAAUAGAUCAGGGGAAUUUACCAAAAAAAGAUCUGGGUAAGGAUUUUGAUGCAAUUAUUCCAGCAGAAGAGCUUGUCCACACUGCGGUGAUUGCACAGCAGCGUAGGAAACAUGAAGUGUUGAAAGACGAAUAUGAUGGGGAGGAAUCUAAAGCUACGGAUGAAGUAUCGGUUCAUUCUUGCCGUGUCACUGAUGAUGACAACCAAGCAACAGAGGAUAUCCCUGUGAAUUGUAAUAUUGAAUCACAGUCAGGCUCGAGGGAAAUUUUGGAUCAAUCCUUUCUGGAGCAAAUCAGUCUAAAUGCUGGACAAGCUCAGAAUGGUUCCGAUAUUGGGAAUAUUAGCACAAAUAUUUCAAAGCAAAUUCCCCAAAUAUUAAAUUCACAGGAAAAUACAAAUAAUUAUAAUUCUGUGGAUUACCCCAUAAAACUUCGAAAGAGAAAGGAAAUGAAGGAAGAUCGCGAUCGAGCACGGCUAGAUUCCAUGGUGCUGCUCAUUAUGAAAUUGGAUCAACUUGACCAAGAUAUUGAGAAUGCUCUCAGUGCAAGCUCGUCUCCAUCCAAUACCCCGACAGUUAAAAGAAGACAUAUUCCUGAAUUGGAAUCGGAUUCAGAAAAUGGAGCAGAUGUAGUCGUGAUCAAUCAAAACCAAAAAAUGCAUCUUGCCAACUCACAACUUGGACCAAUAUCUACAACGGCAGGUCCGGGUGCUAAACCAAAGACUGCGGCAAUGCCGAUGAUAUCAGAAAAAGGAAAGGCUGGUGUUCCAGAGUUGAGUGAAGAGCCAAUGAAAUGGCUUCUGCUGUUAACCUCUUGUGACGAGAGCGAGGCCAAGGAGGCCUGUGAUUGGUUACGGGCAGCAGGUUUCCCACAAUAUGCACAGCUGUAUGAAGAUUUGCUGUUUCCUAUUGAUAUUUCUUCAGUGAAGAGGGACCACGAUUUCCUGGACCGGGAUGCAAUUGAAUCUCUUUGCAGACGAUUGAACACCCUUAACAAAUGUGCUGUGAUGAAACUUGAAAUAAGCCCACAGAGAAAAAGGAGUGAAGAUUCAGAUGAAGAUGAGCCUUGUGCUAUCAGUGGCAGAUGGACUUUCCAGAGGGACAGCAAACGAUGGUCACGGUUAGAAGAGUUUGAUGUUUUCCCACCGGCAGAGGUGACAAAUGUCAUCUCUAGUGAUGAAGUCUUGUUGAAGAAUGCAGUGAGUCAUGAAAGUGUACUGACUGAUCUAAGUGAGCGGCAAGAAGUGGCAUCGAUUCACAGUGCCAGUAGCACGGGGAGCAGCGGCACAAACUUGCAGAAGGAUGUGGAGGCCAAACGGACAAAUUCUGAGAUAAGCGUAAUUUCCUCAGGGAACUCUACUACAAAUGAAGACUCGUUCAGCAACCUCCCUUCACCAACAGAUGUCUCCAGUUUUACCUUUAGUGCAAAAGCUGAAAGGAACACAAAAUCCAAGGCUAAGAGCUUCUUGAAGAGAAUGGAGAGCCUGCGCAUUAAAAGUUCUCACAGCAAAAAGAAACUUUCUUCAAAAAAUAGCCUGGUCAUCAGUGGACCUGUGCUCCAAGAAGGUAUUGAUGAGGAAAAAUUGAAACGCCUGAACUGCGUUGAGAUAUCUACACUCAAUGGCAACAAUGCCAAUGCUUCUAUGACACAAAAUCAGAGUGUUUCUUAUUCUACGCAAACCAGUAGCAGCAGCAGCCAAUCAGAGACCAGUAGUGCAGUUAGCACACCCAGCCCCAUCACCAGGACUCGCAGCCGUGGCUCCUGCAAUAAGCGAAGUGGAAUGUAUUUAGAGGGCUUUGAUCCUUUCAGUCAGUCAAUGCUGAAUGAGAUCAGACAGCAAAAUCUAAAGAAUCAGAAGAGCAUGGAAGAGGACAUUAUCUUCUACAUUCCUGAGGAUCACAAGCCAGGCACCUUUCCUAAAGCACUUUCAAAUGGUAACUCCUACCACACUGACGGCUCUUCUGUAAACUGGCGACACGGGAGUUUUCAAGGACACAGACACAGAAGCUUGACCAGGGAGAGCAGCACUGACAGCUCAAAAGAGUCCAACUUUGGACGGAGGCGGAAUUCAUGUAGUUCACAAGGCAGCCGUCUCAGUAUCUAUGACAAUGUACCAGGGUCCCACCUUUACUCCAGCACUGGAGAACUAGCAGAUCUAGGGAACGAGGAGGACAUUUUCCCAGAACUGGAUGACAUUCUACACCAUGUCAAUGGACUACAAAGGAUAGUAAACCAGUGGUCAGAAAAACUCUCUGAUGAGGGGGACUCAGACUCCGCAAUGGAUUCAAUUUCUCCCUGCCCUUCUUCCCCCAAACAAAUACACCUGGAUAUCGAAAAUGGCCGGGCCUCACCUAAUGCUAUUGAUAGCACUGGGAACUUCAUUAAUGAUGCAGAGGAGCAGCCUGCGAUCCAGGAGAGGAGGGAUUCAGGUGUUGGCGCAUCUCUCACAAGGUCAAACAGGCGACAGAGACUACGAUGGGGCAGUUUCCAGAUAUCUCACAGGCCGAGUUUAAAUUCAGCCUCUUUGCAGAUUAACAGCCAGUCAGUUGCACAAAUGAACCUGCUCCAGAAAUUCUCUCUGUUGAAGCUAACUGCGCUGAUGGAGAAAUACUCACCCUCGAACAAGCAUGGAUUUAAUUGGGCUGUGCCCAAGUUUAUGAAGAGGAUCAAGGUUCCAGACUACAAGGACCGGAAUGUUUUUGGAGUUCCGCUGCUGGUGAACGUUCAGCGCUCAGGACACCCACUCCCUCAGGGUAUUCAGCAAGCCAUGCGUUACCUCCGCAACCAUUGCCUCGACCAGGUUGGAUUAUUCCGGAAGUCUGGAGUAAAGUCACGAAUCCAAGCCUUGCGACAGAUGAAUGAGACUUGCACAGAUGGUGUAAACUACGAAGGUCAGUCUGCCUAUGAUGUGGCAGAUAUGCUUAAGCAGUACUUCAGAGACCUGCCAGAGCCACUGAUGACCAGCAAACUGUCAGAAACCUUCCUUCAAAUCUACCAGUAUGUCCCAAAGGAUCAGCGUCUCCAGGCAAUCCAGGCUGGCAUCAUGCUGCUGCCUGAUGAGAACCGAGAGGCUUUGCAGACCCUCCUGUAUUUCCUCAGUGAUGUUGCAGCCGUGGUCGAAGAAAACCAGAUGACACCUACAAACCUCGCAGUGUGCCUGGCCCCUUCACUCUUCCAUCUGAACACGCUCAAGAGAGAAAAUUCCUCCCCAAGAGUGAUCCAGCGGAAGCAAAGCUUGGGCAAACCCGACCAGAAGGACCUGAAUGAAAACCUGGCUGCCACUCAGGGUCUAGCCCACAUGAUCGCCGAGUGCAAGAAACUUUUCAAGAUUCCAGAGGAAAUGAUGAGCCAGUGCCGUAACUCUUACAUGGAGCAAGAUUUGCAGCCAGUCAGCUUGGAGCAACUGGGCCAAACCAGCAAUGGUGAAACUUCUGACUACCGAGCUCAUCUGCAGAAUCACAUGCAUUCUCUGCUGAAGGAAGCCAAGGACAAGUUCAAAGGCUGGGUCAAUUGUUCAACGUCAGAGUCAGCAGAGCUAGCCUACAAAAAGGUUUGUGAUGGCCCACCCCUGAAACUGUGGAAGGCUUCUGUUGAAGUUCCUGUUGCCCCAGAAGAUGUUCUCUGGCGGAUACUGCGAGACCGCCAUCUCUGGGAUGAUGAUCUACUUAGUUCGAAGGUCAUUGAGAAUUUGAAUAGUCAAACAGACAUCUAUCACUACGUUCAAAGCAGCAUGGCCCCACACCCAACUCGAGACUACGUGCUCAUAAGGACCUGGAAGACAAAUUUGCCAAGGGGCAGCUGUGCACUGGUGGCCACGUCGGUAGAGCACAAUGGAACACCGGUGGUUGGAGGAGUCCGAGCUAAUGCCCUUACCUCACGAUAUCUAAUAGAGCCCUGCGGGUCAGGGAAGUCUAAGCUCACCUACUUGUGCAGGAUAGACACAAGGGGAAGGAUGCCAGAAUGGUACAAUAAAGUUUUUGGACACUUGUGCGCAGCAGAAGUUGUUAGAAUAAGGGACUCUUUUAUUAUUCAUGGCUCCGGCAGUCAAGAAACCAAGCAUUAGGGGACACCUUCCAGUAAACCAGCCUGUUAACUCUGAAGCACAGUGCUUCAAAGAAUAAUGUUUGAAAGGAAACUGGUGGACCUGCAUUAUACGUUUAUGAGAGGGUCUGCAUGAAUCAGACCUUGAAUAGAUGAUUUUAUUUUUUAAAUUCUUAAUUUUGACUGUAACAAUAUACUUUAAAAAGCUGCUUAAUUCAUUCAUGAGGGCUGAGAUAUAGACCUUUACUGGAACACAGUUGGAAUAACGGUCUUUAGAUAAAAAUGAAGUGCAAACUUGCAAUGCAUUUCCUUGUUUAGUGGCCACAAUUGCUUCUAUGAAGCAUCAAGCAUUUUGUGUAAUGUAAAUCAAGCCCUGGUGCGUACUUGUGAUUUUUUUUCUAUUAUUCUCCAUAACUUCCUUGUUUAUGAAUCAUUGUUGUAUUUUUCAGAGUUGUGCUUUUUUGUUUUGCUUACUUGGUUCAGUUACCUAGCUAGCAUGGUGCACCUGGAGGCGUGUGUGAUUGAGGAUGUUUCUAAGCAAUUGAAAUGUGGGAGAGUGUGUAAAGAGUGGUGUCUGGUACACUUCUUGCUUGGAACAUAAUUUGCAUGGCAGAAUGAAACCCAUCGAUUAAGGGUCAAGUGGAAAUUAAGGUUUCAAUAUCAUAACUUAUGCAAAAGACAAUGAGGACCACUUUAAGGCCACUUCUCCCCAUCAGAACUUUGUUUCUUUUUCCCCCUCGUGCUAGAGUCAUACUAAUUUCUGCAUCUGAGAGUCUUGCCUGCCUAGUAUUUGGAAAAGGUUUCCUUGGAGAACAACCUUAAACCCAAUAAAUCUUUGAUUGUACAGCUAAGACACUAGCUAUGUCUUAAAAGUUGGAAGGUUGGAUUCUUUUGAUGAACAAUACCUCGUAUUUUUUUCGUAUCCACAAUCCGAGAUCUUCAUGUAGUCUUGAAAGCUUCAAGGAAUAGAAGCAAUUUUAAAAGCAGUGAUGGAUCUGCAUUUUAGCAUACUGAAAACAAACUAGGCCACAUUUUUAAUAAAAUGCAUGUUGCUUCAAGGUGAAGCAAUGUUCUGAAGUCAUUGCCAUGGAGUAUUAAAUGAUGUACAGGUAUCAUUUAACAACAGUAACAGAAAUUGUCAUGAAAGAGAACAUUCUGGAUCUUUACUGGGAACCUGCUGCAUAUAUUUAGUCAGUUCCAUCUGUUUUGCAUUGUGAGAAUGUUAGGUAAACUAAAAUAGUUCUUGAGUAGGAUGCCACCCUUUUUCACCUUACAUCUCCUUUUGCAGCAGAGAAUUUCAAUAUUCCAACAUCACUUUCCGCUGAAAAUUGUCUCUGAAAACCAAGGCGUGCAAUACCUUGGCUUAAAGUGCUAACUUGCAACCUCCUCGGAUAUCUUCAACUCAUCCCACUUAGUUUCAUGUUGUCAGGAGAAAAAAUAUUUACAAUGAUAAUGAUAAGUCUCUGCACCAUGAUUGCUAUCCUGAGCAACAUCCAUUGAUGCUAAUUCAAGGUUCAGAUUGGCAGAUUUUUAUUCAAUUUCAAAGAAAAAAUAUAAAACAAAAUAUUACAGAAAAUGCGAAUCUAAAGAAAGUAUUCAGGAAUUCUCCUGCCUUCCACUUUAUCUCUCUGUUCUUUCCUUACCUCCCCCAUUUCUGUGUUAGCUUUAUCUCUAUGUUUUCCGUUUUGAUGAAAGGUCUUUAUUGGAAAUAUUGUUUCUUUUUCUGCAGAUGUUUUCCUGACUCGCUAAGUGUUUCCAGUAUUUAUUAUAUAUAGAACAAAGAACAGCAUAUCCAUGAAGGUUACUGAUUAUGGUAGAAACCCGGACAGUGACCUGCCAGGAAAGAGAACUGGCAAGUGCUAACUGUUUCAAUCCCAAGAUAAAUGUUUCAGUCUAAUGGGCCAGCAAGCUUUAGUCAGGAUUUCAAUUACAACCAUUUCAGGGGUGCUUGUAGUGUCCUGAGACAAAAUAGAUGAAAGUUACUGGAUUAAGUUUUGGCCCUCCAGUCUAGGAUCUUGGCUGGGAUCCACUAGACACCACUUUCAAGAGAAGUCUGGCUAAUGUUUGUGAAUCCUCACCUAAUGCAAUGAGCCAAGAAAGGAAAAGCAGAGGCCCAUCUUCUUCAGGCAACCUCCAAACAUUGAAGGAGGGAGAUAUUUGAUGUUAAGACACAACUCUGCUAAUGUUACUGUUAGGUGUUCUGGAUUUACAGGGCCCAUGCGGUAAUACAAAAUAAUACAGUGUUUUGAUUAUGUAUGUGAUCAAUAUGUUUUUCUUGGACUGUGUGGCUUUUUCAUGUGUCUACCUUAAAACUAUUCCCAGGCAUACGUGUAUGGUAUCACAUUAUUACAACUGAGUUGUGGGCCUCCAAAUAAUAUUAUGAUGUAUAUUUACUUAGUUUUCAUUACAUUUUGUAUCACUCUACAAUUCCCAUCAAAGAUUUAAUAUCCAUGGUGUUAGAUAAUAUUGGAAAUAGAAAGCAACAGAAGAUCCCCAACUAUUGACAAGUAAUCCAGACAUGUUAAUGAUAAUCUAUAACCUAUUGCUUUUAUUUUUGUUUUAAUUUUGGUUUUCUAUCAUCACCUGACAAUCAUAAGAGUUUGUUAGCAAUCACAGGGUGUGAGGUGCCAAGUGGUCCUCAAAUGGAAAGUAGCCUUUCUUACAGGUUUUACUGUAACAUUGCUGUUUGUUUGAGGCUUAAAUGGAAUGUAGUUAAUGCAUAUGCUGCCGUUAGGAAUUCAAUAACCCUUUUUUAUUAUCUGGGUGCUGGAGCCCUAAGUGAGCAGAUUUAAAAGAAGGAUUUAUCUAAUAUUGUUUAAAAUAUUUACCAUUCAGUGUUAUGUAAAGAGCAUUUAGUGAAAUUUGUGACAAUGAAAUCAAUUUUAUUCAGUGUUGUCCCUUCAUUUUACAAUGCUAGCUUAUCUCUCUGUUUUGUUACCAGAAUUCCUUUGGUAUUUGUAUGUAGAUUUUGAAGUCACUGUAUAUACCAUUGAAUUGUAAACACAUACACAUGUCUAGCUGCAUAUUGCCAAAUAGGGAUAACGCAUGUUAUUAAUUAUUUAAAUAUUCCAUGUAUUUAUACCUCAAUUAUACUUUUUGUACCUUUCUAAAAUAUUGUAAAUAUUUUACUUUGUCAAAGCUAAGGCAUAAAGAAACUAGAACGUGUUUAUAUCUUUGUAUGUCUGUACAGUUAUAACCAUCAAGUGCACUAUUAAAUGUGUUA